CGAAGCCGAACGUGGUCGAGUUAAAAUCGUUAUGACUUCUUUAUGCUCGUUGUUAACCUGCUCAUCGAAGUAUCCUCAUCUUAUCGAACUUUGUUCCACGUGGCCGCUGGGCUGAUUCCGUCAAAUUAGAGGGUUACAGAAUCAUGAAUUACGCUCGGUUUCUCACCGCUGUGAGCGCAGCUAGAAAGCCCUCCCCCAUCCGGAUGCUGACCGAGCUGCAGCAGCGGUCGCCCGCGUCCCUGAUCUCUUUGGCCGGAGGAGCGCCCAACCCGGACACCUUCCCCUUCCGGUCGGCCUCCAUCGAGGUGAAGAACGGGCCGACGCUCACCUUCGACAAGGCCGCGAUGAAGAGGGCCCUGCAGUACUCGGCCUCCAGUGGGAUACCCGAGCUGCUGACGUGGAUGAAGAGCCUGCAGAAGGACCUCCACAAGCCGCCGACAGAGAUGGACAUGUGCGUGACCACGGGGAGCCAGGAAGGCCUCUGCAAGGUGUUUGAGAUGCUGGUCAACCCCGGGGACAACGUCCUGCUGGACGCACCCACGUAUUCGGGCACACUGGCAGCGCUUCAGCCGCUCGGCUGCAACCUGAUCAACGUCCCCAGCGACCAGCACGGCAUGAUGCCCGCGGCGCUGAAGGAGGUGCUGUCUCGCUGGGACGCCUCGGAGGUCCACGAGCCCGGCAGCACCGCCCCCAAGGUCCUCUACACCAUCCCCAACGGAGGAAACCCCACCGGCGCCUCCAUGACCACUCAGAGGAAGCAGGAAGUGUACGAGCUGGCCAGGCAGUACGACAUGCUCAUCAUCGAGGACGACCCGUACUACUUCCUGCAGUUUGACAAGCCGUGGUCCCCCACCUUCCUCUCCAUGGAUGUGGACGGGAGGAUCCUCAGGACCGACUCCUUCUCUAAGAUCCUGUCUUCAGGGCUGAGGAUAGGCUUCGUUACCGGUCCCAAGCCGCUGGUGGACCGGGUGGUGCUGCACAUCCAGGCCUCGACGAUGCACACGAGCACCUUCACGCAGCUCAUGGUGUCCCAGUUGUUGCACAGCUGGGGCCAAGAGGGCUUCCUCCAGCACAUAGACGGGGUGAUUGAGUUUUACAGGAAACAACGCGACGCCAUGCUCCGCUCCGCAGACAAGUGGCUCAGAGAUGUGGCAGAGUGGCACACCCCGUCGGCCGGCAUGUUCCUGUGGAUCAAACUAAAGGGCGUAGCCGACACCCAACAGCUGAUUAUGCAGAAGGCCUUGGAGAAGGAGGUACUGCUGGUCCCUGGAGGUGUCUUCAUGAUCAACAGUAGUGACCCUUGUCCUUACGUCAGAGCGGCCUUUUCUCUCUCCACGCCAGAGCAGAUUGAUGAGGCUUUCAGAAGACUCUCUUCCCUCAUCAAAGAGGCUUUAUGAUCAAACGUAUGAUUAUUUUUUAAGGCUUCUAUUUCUAAAUACCUAAGUUUGAAUGUAUUUGGAUACUGUGUGACCCCCCCCCCCCCCCCAUUAUGUCUACAUAGUGAAGAGGAGACGCUCAGAAUGUAUGUUCUGUACUUAGUGCUGAUUAUUGAAAGCCAUUUGUAGCAUUGAGUUGCACUACACAGGGAGGCUGUCUUUAUGUUUUACAUGUACAAAAAAAGUACUUUUUUUAUCAUGUCGUCUUUUGAGGUUGUGUUUUUGUGACUGCUGCUCGACGGGAACCCUUAAAAUGUUUUGAUUACUGAUGGACACACAGAGUUAAUCUGGAUUAGACUACAUCGGUUUAAGGUUGCAGAUUAGACAAGAACUGGAUUGUCGUAGUUUUGAGAUUCAUAUCGCACAUCUUUCGAUAGUUCGUCAUGAGUUCUUCCUGCACUCGACCAGACUAAACCGUCUCUUAGCUGGGAUUUGGGCUCUAUUUACCAUACUAUAUGGUGAGACUGAGACAAGGGUCAUUUCACAAUAAAGUUGUUCUUAAAAACACAACAUU